UCCUGGUGCGCGUGUGGGAUUUCUGAACUUUCUGUAUUUGUCUCCUCUCCCCUCGUGGAUGUAAAGCAUAAAGAGCGGAAAACCCCAUUGAGCUCCAUUUGGAUAUUUCAAUUACCCAAGAACCUCCUGUGGCUGUGUGCAUUGCGCGUUCAGCAUGGAACUUCACGGAUUUCUCAUUCUCUUGCUUUCAUUGACAGGUAGUUCAGCGCGAGGAGUAGAAACACACGGAUUGUCGUACGCGUACACGCCAGAACUCUCCGAGGACGCGAUACUGGUGGCAAACAACGGUAUACACGUGCCUUUCGGGAGAUCUGUUUACAUCGAUCCGAUCAACGAUUUGGUAAUUGAAGUUCAGCCGGGAGACAGGUGCAGUAUUACCGUUCUGGAUAAUGACCCGCUGCCUCAGAAACCGGGACAUGUGUCUCCUAAAAAGUUCCCGUGUGAAUUUGGUCCUAACGAUGUAAGAUACUCUCAUUUCGGUUCUAGGAGCCCUGCGGGUGACAGGGUGAAGCUGCAACUCAGUUAUGACACUCAGACUGAAACUAUUAUCAUUCCCUUUAUGCUAGAGGUGGAGGUUGUUUUCACACAAUUGGAGAUUGUCACUAAGAACAUGCCCCUUAUUGUUGAUAAACUGCGUGGUACUAGUAAUCCUAUCGGCAGAAAGGUUUUAGACUUCACCUAUGAUAAAGAUUCAGAACAAUGUGAGGUAACAUCACUGGCUGCCAGCAGUGCUCUUCCUAAAUAUGGUAAAGUUGUUGAUGAGAGCAAACUGGAAAAAAUGAUGGACUGUGACCUGUUUCUCAAAUCAGAUAUCCGCUAUGAGCACACGUCUACCCACAAGUCCCCUAAUAAGGAUUACAUCCCAAUAGUUGUGGAGCUACGGAGCAAAGAAAAUAAUUUACUGAAACAAGAGUUUUUCCAUGUGAUGAUUCGGAUAAAAGAGGGUGAAGAAAACACUCCCCCCAGACCGAGUUUUGUGGCUAUGAUGAUGAUGGAAGUUGAUCAGUUUGUUAUGACAGCUUUAACUCCUGAUAUGUUGGCUGCAGAGGACACCGAAUCUGAUCCUGAUGAUCUCAUUUUCAACAUCACUUCUCCUCUAUCCUUUGAGGAGGGCUAUAUUGUGAGUACAGAUGAUAGGAAUUUACCUAUCACAUCUUUUUAUCAAAGGGAUCUUAAAGAUCUGAAAAUAGCAUACAAACCUCCCUCUUUGGACUCCGAUACAGAGAGGAUCUUUCAAAUAGAGUUUGAGGUCAUAGACACAGAUGGUGGCAUUUCGGAUCCUUUUGCUUUCAUGAUUGUUGUGAAGCCCAUGAAUACAUUUGCGCCAGUAGUCACUAAGAAUACCGGCCAGCUAUUAUAUGAAGGCCAGUCUAGGUCUUUGUUUACUCAGAACAAUUUAGAAAUAAGUGAUGAAGACAACCUGGACAGUGUGAGGAUAACGGUGGUUGAUGGACUGCGUCACGGUCACUUAACUGUUCUGGGCACCAACAGGAAGUAUUUUACACCGGCUGAUCUGGAGGUCGGCAUUGUGGUAUACCAGCAUGAUGGCAGUGACACGUACAGUGAUAAUAUAAUAUUCAGAAUGUCAGAUGGCAAGAAUGAAGUUGAGUUUUUGUUCCCCAUCACAAUUGUACCCACAGAUGAUGAGCCGCCCAUCAUAAAUGCAAACACUGGUCUGAUUUUAUUCAAAAAUCAGCUGGUGCCCAUCUCACAGCUCAUGUUAAGUGCAGCAGACAUCGACUCUGAAGAUUCCACCAUUCAAUUUACAAUCGAGCCUCCAUUUUCUGCUAUUGGCGAGGUUGUGGUGAGGCAAUCUGAAGCACCCGAGGACCCGUCGUCCUGGAAAUUUAAUGCAGAAGAUGGUGUGUAUGAGAAAGUAGUGACACAGUGGCUCCAGAAAGAUAUCACAGAUGAAAAGCUGUUCUAUAGGCAUACAGGUCCACACAUCACAGAGACGGUUACUGAUCAGUUCAUUUUUAAAGUACAAGAUGAUGCCGAGCCUCCCAACCAAUCUGGCGAGAAUUCAUUUAUUAUUAAAAUUUUACCUAUCGAUGAUAUUCCACCCGUGCUGUUCCCAGGCACUACUUUGCAGAUGACAGUACAUGAGUACCAGCUGACUGAUUUUAAUAAGAAUGUUCUUCGUUAUACUGACUUGGACUCAGAGGACCGUGACCUGAAAUAUACAAUAACUCAACCGCCAACUGACACUGAUGAGAAUAAUCCCAUUCAAUUUGGGUCUAUUGUUUUGACUGACAGCCCAGAUACUGACGUAACCGAAUUUACCCAAGCACAAAUUAACCAUCAUAAGAUUUCCUACAGCCCACCAGACCUUGAGCUUGGCAUCACACCACAUGUGGUGCAGUUCCAUUUCACAGUAGAGGACACUGCUGGAAACAGUGCUAAUGGAGUUUUUACAAUUUUUCUGGAACCUGUGAACAACAAACCCCCACAGAUAACGAACACUGGAUUCACAGUCCUUGAAAGAGGGUUGCAUGUCAUCACGAGUGCCGAACUUGACGCAAAUGACCUUGACACUGACAGUAAGCGAAUUUCAUUCACGCUAAGUCAAACUCCACAGCACGGCCAUGUUCAGCAUACGUUUACUGACUUAAAAAAAGGAAGUAGUUUCAACUUGAAGGAUAUCUCUGAUGGAAAAGUUUCAUAUAUCCACAAUGGGGAUGAAAUGUCAAGUGACUAUUUUAAAUUGGAUGUUAGUGAUGGUGUUCAUGUUGUAACAAUCACUGUGAAGGUAGCGGUAAAGCUUAUUGAUGAUAAGACACCAAUGCUCAGGCUCACAAAGGGCACCUUUGGCUCUCGCGUGGACGUCCUGGAAAAUGGUGCCACAGAAAUGACCGCCAGUGUUAUCCAGGGAAAAGAUGAGGACACUGAUGACCUGAGGUUGACAUUCAUUGUAGAAGAAGCCCCUAAGUUUGGAGAAAUUCUGGUGAGUGGACUUUCCUCAAGCAGAUUCUCCCAAGCUGAUAUCAUCAAUGGCCUAGUUGUGUAUGCUCACACCAGCGGUGAGAUUGGUCUCACUUCGAUAGAAGACUUUUUCAGCCUGACCCUCUCUGACAUGUCUGAUGAGUGGAAUGUAGGGGGUAACCGAGUAAACGGAGUCCGUGUUCAUGUCACCGUUCUGCCUGUAGAUAACCAGACUCCAGUGGUCACAGUUGGCCCUACCUUUACCAUCUUUGAAGGGAAUAAAAACUCAAUCGGUAGGCAUCAGAUAAGGGUUGUGGAUGCAGACACGCCAAUUGAGGACAUUCUGUGCACCAUCAUUGUUCAGCCCACAUCAGGAUAUGUGGAGAACGUCUCUCCAGCACCAGGCUCUGAAAAGUCAAGGUCGGGAAUGGCAGUAAGUGCUUUUACUAUUAGAGAUGUGAAUGAUGGUCAUAUUCACUAUGUCCAAAGCAUACAUAAAGGAGUUGAGCCAGUGGAGGACAGGUUCACUUUUAGAUGUUCAGAUGGUGUGAAUUUCUCAGAGAGACAGUUCUUUCCAAUUAUAAUUAUUCCCACCAACGAUGAAAAACCGGAGAUCUUUAUGCGAGAGUUUGUUGUAAUGGAGGGCAUGAAUGUUAUCAUUGACUCACCGCUCUUGAAUGGAGUCGACGCUGAUGUUCCUGCAGAAGAGUUGACGUUUAUCAUCACCAAACCCCCAAAUCAUGGGUUCAUCCUCAAUCAGCUUGCUAGUGGCUCUGUCCCAAUCACAAAUUUCACCGUGGAACAAAUCAAGAAAGCUUCUAGCAUAAUUUAUGAACAUGAUGAUUCUGAAACCACUGAAGACAAGUUUGACGUUCUUCUUACAGAUGGGAAACAUUCAGCUGAGGCCACCAUCAUGAUCAUGAUUAUCCCUGUGGAUGAUGAAACACCAAGGCUUGCCAUUAAUGAUGGGCUUGAAAUCGAGAUUGGUGAGACAAAGCAGAUAAACAGUAAAGUACUAAAAGCUACUGAUCUGGACUCAGAUGAUGAAUCACUUACAUUCAUUAUUCGCUACGGCCCCGGUCAGGGCUUCCUUCAUAGAAAACCAGCAGGUUAUGUGGAGAAAAGAUCUGCUAGGUAUCUAGAGAACAUAACAGUUGGCAUGAACUUUACACAAAACGAGGUGAACAGGGGUCUCAUUUUGUACACUCACAAUGGACAGGAAGGCAUUCGAGACCUUGUAAAGUUUGAUGUAACAGAUGGCAUCAAUCCUCUAAUUGACAGAUACUUCUAUAUUACCGUGGGCAGCAUUGACAUGGUGUUUCCUGAUGUCAUCAGUAAAGGGGUGUCUCUUAAAGAAGGUGGCAAAGUGACACUCACAACGAACCUCCUCAGCACUAGUGAUCUCAACAGCCCUGAUGAGAACUUAGUCUUCACCAUCACAAGAGCCCCGGUGAGAGGGCAUUUGGAAAGCACAGAUACACCAGGCAUACCUAUUGUGUUCUUUACCCAAUUACAGCUGGCCGGGAGCAAGAUCUACUACAUUCAUACUGCCGAUGAUGAAGUCAAGAUGGACAGCUUUGAGUUUGAGGUGACCGAUGGCUACAACCCUGUGUUCCGCACAUUCCGUGUUUCAAUUGUUGAUGUUGACAAUAAAAAGCCGGUACUGACCAUUCAUGACCUUCUAGUGACCGAGGGACAGACCAAACUCAUUACGCCCUUUGAGUUGUCCGUUGAGGACCAAGACACAGCUGAGCACCUUCUCAAGUUUACAGUCACCCAACUACCCAUUCAUGGCAAGCUUCUCUUCAACAACAGUCGACACGUGACUUCGUUCACAAUGCAGAACCUGAAUGAGAAUAUGAUCAGCUACAAGCAUGAUGGCACAGAGUCGGACAAGGACAGCUUUUCUUUUGCAGUCACUGAUGGCACCCAUUCAGAUUUUUUUGUCUUCCCUGAUACCAUUUUUGAGACCCAAAGACCUCAGACCAUGAAGAUUACCAUUGUGUCAGUGGACAACGGUGUGCCUCAGAUUGUGGUUAACAAAGGAGCAGCGACUUUAAAGGUCUUGUCCGCAGGUCACUUAGGUUAUCAGAUCACAAGCAAAGUCCUGAAGGUGGUGGACAGAGACAGCAGCCCUGAGGCUUUGGUUUUUCAUAUCACUGCACAGCCAGAGCAUGGGUACCUGAUUAGCCUGGACAGAGGGAAUGACUCAAUCAACAUCUUCACACAAGCUGACAUAGAUGAUCUUAAGAUCUGCUAUAUCCUGAAGGACGAGAACAAUGCCACCAGUGAUGUCUUUAGUUUCACCGUGGAGGACAAUGGAGGGAACAAACUGAAAAACCAGCAGUUUCGUCUGAACUGGGCUUGGAUUUCUCUGGAGAAACCAAACUAUGUGGUGGAUGAGCAGGACAAAGUUCUCGAGGUGAUCCUCAGACGUAGAGGUUUGCUGGGAGAAACGUCUUUUGUUGGGAUUGGUACUCUGGAUGGCAGUGCCGAGAAGGAGAAGGAUUUCCUGGGAAAAUCGCAGAAGCAGGUACAAUUUAACCCCGGCCAGACCACAGCCACAUGGAGAGUGAGGCUUCUCUCUGAUGGGAAAUACGAGCAGUCCGAGACGUUCCAGAUUAUUCUGACUGAGCCGGUGAUGGCUGUUUUGGAGUCACCAGCAUUAGCCACAGUUGAGAUUGUGGAUCCAGGUGAUGGUAAGUUUGGCUUGAUUACAACAAACUGUGGCUCCGCCACAGGAACCGUCCCCACUUCUGUUCGGUCCUACUCUGACUACAUCUCCCGUCCGGAGGAGCAGGCCAGCAUUCUCCAAUUUGAUAAGGACGAGACGGAGAAUCACUGUCGUGUGGUGAUCAUUGACGACUCGCUGUAUGAGGGAGAGGAGAGCUUUAAUGUGACCCUCAGUAUGCCUAUAGGAGGCCGUCUGGGGCCGGAAUACCCCACUGCGCAUAUCCGCAUACUGCCGGACCAGGACGAUGCUCCUGUGUUCUAUUUCAGCAAUCAGGAGUGUCACGCCGAUGAGAGCGACGGACACGUUGAAGUACAUGUGUGGAGGACAGGGACAGAUCUUUCUAAAAAAGCUACGGUCACUGUGAGGUCCCGCAAAACAGACCCUGUUUCUGCUGAAGCGGGGUUGGACUAUGUGGGAAUCAGCAGAAACUUGGAGUUUGCACCGGGCGUGAGCAUGCAGACGGUCUGGGUCACCAUCCUGGAUGACCUAGGCCAGCCUGUUCAGGAAGGGACAGAGAGAUUUGAGCUUAUUCUCCGGAUGCCCUCCAAUGGAAUUCUGGGAGAGCCAGCAAAAGUCACGAUCUUUAUCAAUGACUCCAUUUCAGACUUGCCAAAAGUGCAGUUUAAACAGGCUGUGAUGACUGCAGAGGAGAGUGAAGGUCACAUCACUGCAAUUGUACACCGCAACGGAGACAUCAGACACAAGUCCACUGUACGUUGCUACACCCGGCAGGGCUCUGCACAGGUGGUGUCCGACUUUGAUGAGAGACCCAACACUGACACUUCCAUCGUAACUUUCUUGCCUGGUGAGUCUGAAAAACCAUGUGUGCUGAAGCUGGUGGAUGAUUCGAUUCAUGAGGAGGAGGAGGAACUUAGGCUGCUUCUGGGGAGUGCGAAGAGCGACUCGCCAUACGGAGCAUCCAUAGGCAGCCAGAAUGAAACACUUAUCAAGAUCAAGGACAACACUGACAAGCCCAUCAUCAAGUUUGCCGAGACAAAGUUCAGUGUUAGUGAGCCAAAAGAGUCGGGGCAGAUGACGUUGGUGAAGAUCCCCAUCCGCAGGACAGGAGACGUUUCGAAAGUGUCCCUGGUGAGGGUGCACACGAAAGAUGGCUCUGCCAUAUCUGGAGAAGACUACCAUCCCAUCUCCCUCGAUGUUGAAUUUAAAGCUGGUGAGAUCGAGCAUGUAGUGGAAGUGGAGGUUUUGUUUGAUGGUGUAAGAGAGAUGAGAGAGUCCUUCACUGUCCAUCUGAAACCAGAUGAGAAUAUGGUUGCUGAAAUCCAGAUGACUAAAGCCAUAGUGUACAUUAAGGAGGCCAACAGUAUGGCUGACGUCACGUUCCCUUCACUGCCUCAUGUUGUGUCACUGCUUCACUAUGAUGAUGUCAGAAGAACCAAAGAAAAUGCCCACCCACCCGCUGGAUACCCAGUCAUCUGCGUCACGGCCUGCAAUCCCAAAUAUCCAGACUAUGACAAAACGGGCUCCAUCUGCAUUAGCGAACGCAUCAACGACACACUGACUCGUUACCGAUGGCUCAUUAGCGCCCCCAGUGGUCCGGAUGGUGUCACCAGCCCCAUGAGAGAGGCAGACUUUGAUACCUUCUUUACUUCCUCCAAGAUGAUCACCCUAGACUCCAUUUACGUCCAAGCAGGUUCUAGAGUGCAGUGCGCGGCCCGUGCCGUGAAUUCUAAUGGGGAUGAGGGGUUGGAGCUGAGCAGCCCCAUUGUGUCUAUUAGCAUGGAGGAAGGGAUGUGCCAGCCACGUAAAUUGGGCACAGUAGGUGCUGAGCCCUUUUCUGCCAAACUGCGUUAUACAGGUGCCGAAGACCCUGAAUAUGCCAAUCUCAUCAAGCUUACUGUCACCAUGCCCCACAUAGACGGCAUGCUCCCUGUGGUCUCCACUCGUGCACUGUCCAAUUUCGAGCUGACUCUGAGCCCCGAUGGCACUCGCGUGGGAAACCACAGGUGCUCCAAUCUGCUGAACUUUAAUGAGGUGUCCACACGACAUGGCUUUCUAACCAAGGCCACCCGGAAUAUAGAGAGUAUCGGAGAGACUCUGCCGUAUCAAUACAGCCCCGUCCUCAGAGGCCAGAGCACUCUACGCUUCUACAAGAACCUGAACUUGGAGGCCUGUCUGUGGGAGUUUGUGAGUUAUUAUGACAUGUCUGAGCUGCUCACAGACUGCGGGGGAACGAUCGGAACAGAUGGGCAGGUGCUGAACCUGGUGCAGUCAUACGUGACCCUGCGAGUUCCUCUCCACGUCUCAUACGUGUUUCAUUCCCCUGUGGGAGCAGGAGGCUGGCAACACUUCGACCUGCAUUCUGAACUGCGCCUCACCUUUGUGUAUGACACUGCCAUCCUGUGGAGGGAUGGUGUCGGCAGCCCUCCUCAGGCAGAACUGCAAGGAGCUUUAUAUCCAACCAGCAUGAGGAUUAAUGAGCAGGGAAGGCUUGUGGUGAACUUCCGCACAGAAGCUCGCUUCAGAGGGUUGUUUGUAGCGGUACAUUCUGCAGCAAAUUUGAGGGGUCAGAAGACUGCAGCAUCCUCUGUGAAGUCCAUAGUAUUGAGUGCAGAUCACCCAGGCUUGACCUUUAACCUCACUCUGGUUCGGACUGAGCCGACCUACAGCCAGCCUGUCCAGCAAUGGAUGUUCAUCUCAGACUUUUCUGUUCGUGAUUAUUCAGGCACAUACACAGUGAAGUUGAUUCCCUGUACAGCAGCGCUGAAUGUGGAGUACACCAUUCCUCCAGUCUGCAACCCGAGAGAGCCGGUUACCUUUGAUCUUGAUAUCCGCUUUCAGCAGGUGAGUGACCCUGUGGCGGUGGAGUUCAGUCUGAGCACACAGAUGUUCCUGUUGUCUAAGAAGGCGUUGUGGUUGUCAGAUGGAUCUAUGGGCUUCGGCCAGGAGAGUGAUGCAGCUUUCUCUGAGGGUGACACAAUCUAUGGACGGGUGAUGGUGGACCCUGUGCAGAAUUUGGGUGACUCUUUCUACUGUAAUAUUGAGAAGGUGUAUCUGUGCACCGGCGCUGAUGGAUAUGUUCCUAAAUACAACCCCGCCAAGUCUGAGUUUGGAUGCCUUGCAGACUCUCCAUCCCUGCUGUACCGAUUCAAAAUUAUUGACAAAGCCCAGCCAGAGACUCAGGCCAAGAGUUUUGGGGAUGUGGGUUUCAAGGCCCUGCUGGCUGUAGAUGACCCCUCUGCCCUCUCUCUGGUGAAGCAGCCAGGAUCUGACGGAUUCAGGCUGGAUUCUACUCCUCUUUUCCAGGUGGCAGUAGGGAGGGAGUGGUUCAUUCACACCAUCUACACUGUGCGUUCAAAAGACAACGCCAAGCGUGGCAUUGGCAAGCGAAGUGUAGAGUACCACUCAAUAACAUCAGGUGACCUUGUUCCAGCGGAGGCCAGAGGACGCUACAGACGGUCCAACAGAGAAGUCCCGAUACUGGCGGAGGAGAUUGGACCCGAGAACAACCGAGGAACGAAUAUCAUGCACAUCGCUCUGGACCGCAGCCGUCGUCGCUCUGUGUCUGGGGAGGAGCUGUUCGCAGACAGACUGUCUCCACGGGAGCUCAGUGGACGAGGUGAGGAAGAAGAUGCGGUGACUGUGGCAGGAGCCGUCGUGGGACUGCUUCUCACCGUCCUCAUGGUUAUGGUGUUGGCACUGAUGGUUCGCUCAAGGUGGACGCCUGUGAAAAAGGCCUCAAUAGUCUCGUCCAGCCUGCAGCCUGUUAUAGUUAGAAGUAGCCUUGAUAAUGGUGACAGCUCAGAGGUCUGAAGGACUAAUGAACUACUUGGAGACUGUACUGUUCUCCUUUGUCAUACAUUGGAUCAAUUUGUUUUGUUUUCUUUGGUUUAAACAAGUGCCUCUGACAGGUUUUAUCUUACAGAGAACUCACGACCCAGUUCAUCACCAGCCCAAAGAAAUCAUUUUAAGCGAUGUUUUAUGUUGUAACUGAAUUUUUGCUUGUCCAGUAAUGGAUUGUUGAGGUCUACCCAGUGUUCAGAGUUCUCAGGGGUCCCCAUAAUGCCCUACCCAUUUUUUUGGUGGACUGAGUGGGUGAGUGAGUGAGUGAAUGAAUGAAUAAAGGUAAAAUAAGGAGGUAAAAUAAAUUAUUUUAUGCCAGUGGAUGUAUUAACAGAAAC